ACCAACUCUUUGCUGCCAUAUUCGAAGUCUUUAUGCUACCAACAGUUCAACCAACACUGACGAGAGCUCAAUGUGACAUACUUUCAUGAUUGUUCAGGCAACUUCACGUAUGUCUUGACUCUUGAUGUCUGUCAACUUACAGCUUCUUGCUCGGCCUUUUGCUGAACCAAUCUCCAAGCUUCUUAGGUUGAUUUUCUUGCCAGCUUCCAUUAUCCCACACACGCGUUCUCAACUAAUAGUGAAUACACCUUCUUCUUAAAAAUAAAUAAAUGAAGAACUUGUUUUCACUACUAGAUCAGAACGCAACAAUGGAAUUGAAAUAAUCUUAGUUAAACCACACAUUCCCAUAUCUUUCCAAUCUGGUUUUGGAUAUCUUUAGAUACCACAACCCAAAUUGAUUUCCUUUUCAAGCUUAGCUUAACGAUUUAUGGAACGACAAGUGUGAUCAGUGGGAAAGACUCUGCACUCCGUUGAUUGUUGGAGCUCAAGGGAGUAAAAUAUUAAUCACUACUCGUAAAUCUCAGUUUGCAGAUUUAUAUAAGUCUUGUGUUUAUUGUAGGCUGCUUUUGAAUGAGACUGCCGAGACAAAAAGUGGAAAAAAUGCAUGUCCGGAUGUGCUCCAAGAGCAAUUAUAACAGACCAAGAUAAACCAUGAAGAAUGCAAUACCAAUUGUUUUUCCAAAGCUAGACAAAGAUGGUGUUUGUGGCAUAUAAUGAAAAAAAUCCCGAAAAGGAGAAAAUUGUGCUUGCUUUGAAACAGGAGAUUGCAUCCUGUCUCAUUCCACAGAUCAUCAAGUCCUGUUUUCCUUGCAAUUCCUGUCCUGCAAAGUUUGCAGCACUGAUGACAAAAUUUUCAACCCACAUAACAUCUGUGCGAUAUUUGGCUCUGUUGGGUUUGACUCUACAUUCAUCCAUAGAUGCCAACCCUCAACAGAGACGAUUUGUAGGUUUUUUGUAUUCUUUAAUGGAAGGGUUUCAAAAACAAAUUGAGAAACCUCAUAUCAUCAUAACUAUUAUGAAAAAACCACAAGUAACCAUUACAAGAAGAACCAUAAAGAUGAACACCACAACAAUCUGGAGAUUUGAAAUCCAUUUCAACAGCACUCGUUUCUACUAAAUCAGGGCUUGAAAUUAGAGCAGGAAAAAAGAUAUCAUAAACACUUACAUACCUCUCGAUUUAUUACUGAAUGCUUGCUCCAGAUUCGGAAGGUGUGAGGCUGAUAAACUAGGGUUUCAAAACUCUCUUCUACUCCCCUUUUAUUACAGCGGCAGGGACAAGAAUGUAGUGUUUUAGAUGGACUUUAAAAAGCCCGGUCUUUGAUUCAGCGGGUUACGGGCUGAUUCAGAGUUUAUUUGACACGUCAGCAUAACAACUUGAAAGGAUUUCUCAAAUCAUCAAAUAGAUAGAUCACUGUGAUUUUAGAGAACGAUCCUAAUAGCAUCUGUCACAUUUUUGCCACCACAACUUGAUCUCCAAUGCGACGAAUUCUGUUAGCUUGGAUGUUAGUGUAGCUGCACUUUAGCAAUCUAAAGACAAAUACACACUCAGUAAUACUGCUGGGAAAAGAAGAAUUCUUGAAUUUGUGGUGCCAAAUCCACAACCAAUGAGAACACAGCUGAAGAUCUUCAUGGAUAGACACAUCUAAUCCAACACUAGCCUAUAUAAAGAACAUGAAUUACAUCUCACCAAAUCAUCAAAAUACAAUCUUCAAUUAAUCUUUCAUUUUCCAAGCUAACAAGAAAACAUUUUAAUGGCAACCAUGGCUCUCUCUUCCCCAUCAUUUGCAGGGAAAGCUGUGUCUGUAAGCCCACAAUCAGAUUUCCCAGCCAAUGUUAGAUCCAGCAGCAACGGUAAAAUCUUGAUGAGGAAGACAUCAGCAAAGAAGCCAGCUGCGUCUUCAGGAAGUCCAUGAUACGGUCCAGACCGUGUCAAGUACCUUGGUCCCUUUUCUGGUGAGCCUCCUUCUUACCUGACUGGUGAAUUCGCUGGUGACUAAGGUUGGGACACUGCUGGACUAUCAGCUGACCCAGAGACCUUUGCAAAGAACCGCGAACUUGAGGUGAUCCAUUCAAGGUGGGCAAUGCUCAGCGCUUUGGGCUGUGUCUUCCCUGAACUCCUCUCUAGAAAUGGAGUCAAAUUUGGUGAAGCAGUUUGGUUCAAAGCCGGAUCUCAGAUCUUCAGUGAAGGAGGACUAGACUAUUUGGGCAAUUCCAGCUUGCUUCAUGCACAGAGCAUCUUAGCUAUUUGGGCGACACAGGUUAUCCUUAUGGGCGCUGUUGAAGGUUACAGAGUUGCCGGUGGUCCGCUCGGUGAGGUCGUUGAUCCACAUUACCCAGGUGACAGCUUCGAUCCAUUAGGCCUUGCAGAGGACUCAGAAGCAUUUGCAGAGCUGAAGGUGAAGGAAUUGAAGAAUGGUCGCGUCGCUAUGUUCUCCAUGUUUGAGUUCUUCGUUCAGGCUAUUGUGACUGGAAAAGGUCCUUUAGAGAAUCUCGCAGACCACCUUUCAGACCCAGUAAACAACAAUGCUUGGUCAUACACCACCAACUUCGCUCCCGGGAAGUAAGAAUGAUUGUAACACUGGACGAAGACGUUUGCACUCCCAUCAAAGCCAAGUGGCGUGUGGUUUCCUACUUCUUUCAUUAAUAUCCUCUGUAAAUUCAUUUAGCUUGUAAAAUUUUGUAGAGCGAUUGUUUUGAAGAUAAUUCGCUUCUCUUCGUCAUCCUUCAGUCUGAUCAAAUCCAUUUUUGAGAUAACUCUGUCAUAUUCACCUCACUUAUUUUUAUCACUCUGAUUGACUC